GCGCUAACCAUCCUGAUCAAUAGUGGAAUCGUCAUCCAAGCCGCGACGCCCGCCGUCUUUCCUUUAGCAAAGGGCCAUGGCUCAAAGAUCUUUCGGGACGGCCUGAGGCUGGUCCUCAUCACAUUCCUUGUAUCAUCCGCCCUGUGGGCUCAAAUAGACUUCACCGGCCUCACCCUCGACCCAACCUCGACUGCCGGAUGUCAAGUCGCCGUAAUUUUUACUACAAUCUUCGAUCAACUUGCUCGAUUUGCCAUUGAGCAGUUCCUGUUAUGGGCCAUCAACGCGAACGCGAGAGCGCCAGCGAGCGCCAUGGUCUAUCAGGCGGUCCUCGGCGUGCGGUUCAUUCUGGGCGCCGUAUUUGUUGGGUUCCAGAAGGCUCAGAUUGCCACCGUCUGCGUCGCCAGGAAUGAUCUUCUGGCUAUCGGUGCUGUUGUCAUGGUCACAGACUUCGCCGUGAUUGCUGCGCUCGCCUUCCGAGCCAAUUCGAUUGGCAUCACGAGCGCGCAGGUGAAGAAGGCCAUCUUCUGGGUCAUUGGCGCCCUCGCCCUCUGGACGGCGACAAGUAUCCCAAUGCUUUUGGGCAUAGACACCAUAGAGCUAAUCUUUAGAACUGCCCUCCCCGCCACUGGCCUGUCUAUCCUUCUCAGUAUCAUCGCUCCGGGUCAGGCAUCUACCGGUGUUGGCGGUGUUCCCGUGCAGGGCCAGCUCUUCCCACCGAUUCGGGCGCAGACGGCUCCUCCCAGGCAAAGCAGAAGCAUGGACGCGAGACCUAACAUCAUGAAGGGACGGAGCAUCUUCGACAAGAUUGGACCGGGCUCGAACAUCAAGAAUGCUAUUUCCAACCCGAUCCUCCAGGACAGCGGCGAGCAGAACCCCCUGAGCAAGAUCGCCACCAUCGACCUCGCCACGGCUGCAAAGAACGACAGGGAGAAGAGGGGUAACGACUUUACUUCGAUGCAAAGGAAUUCGAGUUUCAACGCGCAGCGCCCGGCUCCCAAGCCCCCAGCGAUUACUCCGGAAGAGGCUCUCAAACGUGCUCAGAGUGGAAAGAGGAAGGAAAUUGGGCUGAAGUCGCCUCCUGCGGAACCGCAACAACUCCGGUCGGUUGGGCUCAUGUCGAACCCUCCCGCAACGACUUCGUCCGCCCAGCUGUCCCCCGGCGUGGAGGAAAUCAGACGCAGAUCCCCCAGGCAAAUGCCAGAGACCCUCCAGCAGCUCGAGAAUGAAAAGAGACCGGCCACGCCCCCGCAGACCGUACCCGUGAGCAGCAUCUCUCCGCCUCGCCCACAACGGCCGGAAAGACCCCUGAGCCCCUUUGAGACGAUGGAAAGAUCAGCCAGUCAGCGUACCGUGGAGAGGACUAUGAGCCAGAAGACGCAAAAGACCCUCGAUCGUUCCAGCGCUGCUCGUUUGAUGUCACCCACCAAGAAGCCGGAUCUGCCACCAACCUGGCCUAUCCAGACCGCCGUUGACCCGACAAUCCGUCCUUCCAGGCAAAAGCCUCUCUCGCCCAAGACGCCUGGUGGCAGCAGUUUGCAGCGACGGCCGACUGGUGGUCUGCCGUCGAACCCGAGGGCUAUGGCCAUGAGGCCUUUGCCCAAGGACGCCGUUCAACAGGAGCAGACUGUCAUGUUCGUGAAUAAGAUCCAGUACAACGACCCGACAGCAGUGCAAAGCAUUAUCGAGGGAGCUUCGAACCAGGCCGCCAAGACGCCUCUUAUGCAGUCUCCUGGGCCAGGGCUCAACGCCGGUAACCAGCCUGUACGCGCACUGCCAAAUGACACUAAGAGCAUGACUUUCGAUGAGAAGAUGGAACUUUUCUUCCCGGGAGGUCUUGUCAACUCUGAGACGGGCGUCCAGCCCAGGACCCCAGUUCCCGAGAUGCCCAUGCUUCCUUUGGCCUUCAAGCCUGCAAGCAACUCAGGAGGUGACGAGAGAGAUGCUUGGGAAUCAGGAAGCAGUCGGGAUCAGUCCAAGCAGUCCGAUCGCUCAACAAAGACGUCCGUUCGAACUCAAAGUAUCCUUGAUAUCGAAGAGUCAGUCAGGCCAGAUCUGCCCCGCAACACCUCCAAAUUCAGCGUUGAUACCUCCGUUAUUACUGGAAGACCAGAUGAGCACGAUUCUUGGAUUCCUGCGUUACCUGUCAAUGACACUGCGGAGAUCAAGCGAGCAUACGAUGGAGCAAAGCGCCAGUCAUCACCUGUUAUUCCGGUUCGCAACCCUAGUCUCUCUGAGUUCAGCGAGACGAGAACGGUCAGGACUCGCGAUGAGGAGACUACGACAAAUUGGGGAUCCAUCCACUCACCUGUCGUACCGGUGAACAUUCAAGAGGCUACGCACAUGCCUAAGCCGACGUGGAUCCAGCCUCGCGACUUGUCCAUGAUCAGCCAUAAUGACGGCAAGGAGGUUAUGACAAUCAUGCUCGACGCAUCUGUUGAGCACGAGAGGGACGUUGAAGCCCCGCAAGAGGCUCGCGAAAGCCCUGUCGACCUUCCAGAGGUGAGCCUCGCGAACAGAGGCGCUCGCUGGCAUCGCCGCAUCGGUGACGAGAGCAUCACAUUCACUGAGCGCAAGGAGCCGGUGCAGUCGCGCAGACAGCCCCCUCCGAGGGCUCUUCAACUCAGAUCUCCUGUCAAGAAGAACGCGAUCGUGAUGCACGCCGCAGAACCUUCUCCGUUGGAGUCACCACAGCAUGCUUACGAGAUGAUUCAAGCGCAACUCAAGAAAUUGGAACAGCCGAACCGCGACUCGUACGAGAGCCAGGGACAGAGGAUUCGUCUUCUGGAAUCUUUGGAGGCUGAAAUGGGCCAGCAAGAGAACCAAUGGCACGAGAUGCAGCACGGUCUCAGCCGGGACUCCAUGUCGACAGUUGGGACGACAUCGGUCCGCAACUCGCAACACGAGUCUGCAAUUGUCAACUCACGAAGCCUUGCUCAGAUUGACGAGUCGCUGCAAGAGAUUCCCCAGCGCAACAACAUUGCGUUAGACCGGCGCAAUUCCCGUCGCGCUCGGAUGGGCAGCAUGAGCAAAUCGUCGUCUGAAGAUCUGAGGACGCUAAGCGCCUCUUCCCUCUCUUCUGACGGCACCAACAACAACCGCACCAGUCUCUGGCAACAGCGACUUGCGGAUGCUCAAAUGGAGUAUAUGGAGAACGCUUCCGAACUAUUGGCAAAGAGAAACCUCAAUUUCUUGUCUGUCUCAAAAGCGCCCUUGAGUGCGACUGCUGCGGCGUUGCAGCUUGGCAGUCCUACCCCACCGGACACCGACGAAGAGUCCGACGGUGGUGACGGUGUCGACGCUCAGAUACUCGCGAGGCUCAUGCCGAACGAGCGAGCUCCCGCACCCCCAGAAUGUCUGUGGAAACCCGACUCGCCAGUUUAUUUUGAGCGCGAACCACCGCUGCUUUGGGCUCCUCCCGCAAACCAUGGCGUCGCGUCUAAAGUUACUUCCCCCCAAGGCGACGCCUUACCUGGUAUCUCCGUUCGCCCUGCGACACGCAAGGUCUCCGAUCCCCUAAAUAUCGUGAGCUCGCAACUUUGGCAGCCCGAUCACACUGCUGCUAAAAAGCUACGGCCCACCUCCGGACUUUGGCGUGUCUCUUGGAGCCCUGAGCCCAUCAAGGAUAACUUCCAACAGCCCCAGCGUCCCCUGACCCAACGCCCACCAAGACGUAGCAAGCGUGUCACACUGUUGCCCGAUAUCCUUGAGAGCCCGCAACCCCUUCCUGAUAAGAGAGGUACGCUCGGUAUCUUCCAGUUUCCCUGGGGCGAGAAGUCGGACACCGCCACCGUCCAACCGCGUGGGCCAAGUCAUAUGUUUAUGGCUAUGCCCGGUACUAUGUCAACUGGUGGACCUGCAGUACGUGCCGCAUUAGAAGCCCGCGCAAAGCAACUCGAAGCUCAAGAAUACUCCUCUUCCUUCUUUGACGACUACGACGACGAGGAAGAAGGCGACGACGAAGUGUCUGAUAUUGAAGACGACGAAGACAGUGACGACGGCUUCGACGAGACCACCCUCUGGGAAAUCGCCAGUCUCCUCCAGUCGGAUCAGGUCCCAUCCAAGAACAGUCUGCUCCCCCAGCCCAUGACAUACCGCCCAGAGUCCUUUGCCGAGGAGUACAUUUCCGAGCGCUCUCAGUCGGAGUACGAAGACUCCGAGGACGAGAAGACAGCCGAGGGCAACGACGACACCAAGAACGAUUCAAUGGUCAUCACCAUCGCCGCCGAGGAGUUCUCCUCGCCGGAGCCCGUCUCCCUUCUCUGGACACCCAAGCCAAAGCAGUUCAUCAGCCGUCGCACCUCAAAAGGUCUUCCGCAACCCGAUGCCCGCAUCUGGGGAAGCUACCUCGACAAGAUGAGCGCCCCUGCCCGCGUCCGCGAGCGUCCCCCAGAGCCCGCCGUCAUCCACAGCACUUCUCUCUGGACCGCGCCUGCAAAGAAGCAAAAGGUGGCCCAGUCCAACACUCCCCUCUGGAGCAAGCCGCAGCAGCAGCGCAAGAGCAAGACGACGUCCAUGUGGGCUGCCAGGCCCGCCGUCGUCUACACAGAAUCUACUGGCCUGUUCAACCCCAGCCACAAGCGCGCGUGCUUCAGGACGACGUCGGCUCUCCCCGUCGGCCUCGGCAUGCCCUCCGCCGCCCGCGUGACGUCCGAGGAGCUGCCUCAACUCGAGUCGUUCAGCCUCUGGGUCCCUACGCCCGCAGAGACCCGUGUCGAGGACUGGAUGUCCCUCGCCGUCGCCAGACCCAGCUCC